GAGAACGAGCUGCAGAAAACCAAAUUUUAAAAUGUAGAAGUCGUUGAGCUGCAUUCCUCCGAGGACCAGUCUGAUCGCCCAGGACUGAGAGUGGCAGCGUAUGAGAAGUUGGGACCAUAGAGCAAGGGGGGGAGGGGAGUGUUGCAGCAGGCAUUCUCUUCUGGAAGGAGUCGCUGGGAGCAGUGCGGUUGGACACAAGUUUGCGUAGGAGUGUUUUCCUUUUGUCAAUAAUUAAUCACCGGAAUUAGCCGGGUAGAAUUUGAGUUUUAGCCAUAAUCCUGAGGGCGGGGCCGAACACCUAACUCCGGGAGGCUCCCAGGCGCCCGGCGCAGUGGGAAGCUCGCAGCAGCUGGGGAGGAGCCAAAGACUCGGCGCUCACCUAAGCCGCAGGGAGAUACACCCAACUGGGAGAUGAGGAAACAGCAACCCAGAGAGGAGAAGUAACCCACACAGGAUCAUUUCGUGAAGGAGCAAGGCUGAAGACCCAGACCUGGACUUUCUUAGGGGGAGGGCUACGGAUCACAUCUUCUGCGAUAUUUCCAAGGACAAACUUACUGCAGCUUGAAGGAGCCAACCAUGGAUUUGAGGCGUGUGAAGGAAUAUUUCUCCUGGCUCUACUAUCAAUACCAAAUCAUUAGCUGCUGUGCUGUUUUAGAGCCCUGGGAGCGAUCUAUGUUUAACACCAUCUUACUAACCAUUAUUGCUAUGGUGGUAUACACUGCCUAUGUCUUUAUUCCAAUCCACAUUCGCCUGGCUUGGGAAUUUUUCUCAAAAAUAUGUGGAUAUCACAGUACAAUUUCUAAUUGAUCUUGUUCACAUUCAGUGAAAUGGCAUUGCAUAUUUAUAUGUUGCUUACAACUUAUUGAUUUAGGUAACUAUUGUGUCUUCCUUCACUAUCUGACCUGAAAAGCACUCUCUUCUCUAUGCACUCUUAUAUUCUGCCUUUCUGCCUGGAGUUUGAAAUAGAUGUCUCUUUAGUUUCUUUCGCACAUGCUACAUUGUGCAUCAGACCAUAGAUAAUACAGUGACUUUACCUCACAAAUCAUAUUCUCUCAACACAAAUCUAUGAAUUUAGUUUACUUAAAAUCAGAACAAUUUCCUACAAAAUUUUUCUGGAAAAUAGGUUCCUAACAGACCUACCAGAAUCAUGCUUAAAGUGCUCCCUUAACACUUAUUCUAUACUGAAGGAUAAAUUUUAAAAAAUCUUUAUAGGCUACUGUCAGAAGUAUCCUAUCCUUGUUUACGAUGUAUAAAAAGAUGUGAAUAAAUUAUAUGGACCCCCUAAGUCUUAUUUUCUAGUAAACUGAUGAUACUGGAAAUUCUUUUACUUCAAAUGCAAAAGAAUAAGCUGGAGGCAAUUAUUUCCUUUCAUACAUAGUUCAUGAAUUGUUUUAAAUGCUUCUUAAAAUCUGGCUUUAUAACCGUUUAAAAUCAACAAUGUUGAUUUUAGAUAACCAAGUAAGUAUUAUAAUACAAAAUAAUUUUAAGUGUAAGAAACUAAAGUAUAAUCAAAGUAAAUUCAGAUAUUGUGAUUUGUGGUGUUGCCUUGCCUUGCAUGAUGCUGGGGGAAAAAGAGAAAAGAAAUGGUUUUCUUUUUAUACUUUCAUUCAGUGUAGAGGUAAAAAAGCAUGUAUUGGGCCACAGGAAGAAAAGCUAAUAAAUAGGCUGGAAGUAAUAUUCUACCAGCAGGAACUCAACAGCUCCAGUUAAGUGCUUUGAUAUAGUGGCUCCUUUGCAGAGCCAAAACAAGAUUUAUUAAAUUUCCUUCAAACUGUUUAUCUUUAAAACAAAUAUAAGGUUUUAAUUAUACUGCUGAAGCAAAUGUGAAUGCCAAAGACUAUGUUUUGCAGUUUUGCUUUCCUCCCAAUAAAUAUUAAUGUAUGUAAUUCUAGAGGGUAAAAAUGUAAAUAGGUUUGAACAAUAUUUGCACCCUGGUUUGUGUUAUGAUAAAAAUUUUUCCAAGGCGAGCUACAGAGAAAGAUGUUUGGCAUGCCAAAUUAACUUGCAUGUUUGUUAAAAAAAAACAAGCACAUGUUUUGAAGAGAAACCAGAUCUGAACAUGUAUUUGUUGAGUUUUGCAAAAUAAAAUUAAUUUUUUAAGUAAA